AUGUCCCACAUCCAAUCGUGGGCAUAUAUUCCGCCUCUCGACAGCCCUUUCCCUGAUGACGGCGAGCUCGAUUUCCUACGGUCGCAGACGGGAAUCGAGAACAUCCAGGAGUUGAAGCAACAUGUCUCCGAAAUCCAAGCAGAGGCGUACAAGAUCUAUCCGUACCCCUGCAUCCGUGGCUUCGACUUCUUGAAAGCCAGAAUCUUGCGUAUUCCAGCUUAUACACAGGCCCUAAACCUGCUUAAGGGAAGUUCUGACGCGAUAUAUCUGGAGGUUGGAGCUUGCUUUGGCGUGGAUGUGAGGAAGGUCCACGCGGAUGGGGUUCCAGCAGACAACAUCGUCGCCACGGAAUUGUUUACAGAACUCUGGGAGAUCGGGCAUAAGCUGUUUAAAUCGACUCAGGCGACGUUCCCAAUCACAUUUAUUCCCGGGGACUUAUUCGACGAGGCUUUUCUAUCAUCCCAAUUUCAAGUACUCUCACAGCCGCGGCCAGAUCUUCCGGCGCGAAGCAUAACAUCGCUCAGCCCCUUACGCGGCAACGUCUCGGUCAUCCACAUAUCCUACGUUUUCCACGUUCUGAGCAAGGAGCGGCAAAUCAUACUCGUUCACAAACUCGCGUCGCUCUUGUCCCCUGCUCCAGGCUCGAUGAUUCUAGGGUGCCAGCUUGGUGCAAACCAGGAGGGCCACCACGUAUUUUUUCAAGACAGGUCGGAGGCAGCGCGAUUGGCUGGAGGAAUUACCUCCUUCUGCUAUACGGAGGAGUCCUGGCGGCGGUUAUGGGAAGGCGCUUUUCCAGCUGGGACUGUCCAGGUAAACACGCAUCUGGAUACGGGCGAUACUGCGGGAGUCAUAUCAAGUCUGGGGGAAGCCAGCGAGGAAGAAGGUGUUUUGGUGUGGUCUGUCACUCGAUUGUAG